AUGUGUGUUGUGUACUACCACGGUGUGGCUCUCCUGGCUCUGCUGGCAGUGAGCAAGGUGACCGCGGCACCGACGACUGAGCCACCAACUGAGGAGGACUGUGGUAAACUGGUCAAACCACUCCCUGCCGACAAGCUCAACACGGUGGGUGUUCGACCUAUACUUUUUUUUUUAAGGAGUGGGAAUUGAUAUUUUCUGAUUUGAUUGAAUGCAUACUGAGAGAGGAUGCAAGGGGAAAGAUAGAGGUUGUGUCAAAGAGCAGUGGGAGAGAUUCAUAUCAAUGCUGACACUGUAGACAUGGGUGCCAGAGGCUGUAGCCUUACCACUAGACUACCCAUGACUAUUGCCAUCACUUUGAUCUUGCCUAAUGUAUAUAAUCUUUGGUAACACUUUACUUAAAGCUGGCAGGUAUGAUGCAGUAUUAGUUAUUAUAAACAUCUAUGAGCAUUUAUGGUGUCUUUGUAUCAGCCUUAUAAUAUAUAAUGUCUAUGUAGCAAAUUCUCAACUGAAAAAGUGAAUGCCAGUGUAAUGAAUGUUUCCCCACAGGUCUUUGGUGAAUGGAUUCUCAUCGAGGCGUUUUCAGAUGAUGAAGGUUAUGCCGAAAAACUAAAAAUGGGAAAAAGCUCCAAGGUGGAACUACGAGCAACAUCAAGCGAGAACAGUGUGCUUUUAAAACAGGGAAACAUGAUGUGAGUGGCUCCUUACUCUACUGCUUUGUCAUAGGUUUUAUGAACACAUCUGGAACACUGACAGUUAUGAGAUAUGAGGCAAUCUCUGAAUCUAACAGGCCAUAUCCUCUUAUCUUUCAGUGACGACACCUGUGUUAAUUACUCCAUACAGAAUAUGACUGUUGUAGAGAACACCAUACAGUUGACAAGUAAGUCAAAUCCGUACCCUUCCCUUUCAAGUGUUAGUGGUGUGUGAAAUACUGUACUGUAGCUAAAUAUGUAGCUAGCCCAGACCAGAAGUGGUUAACUGGCUGCUUCAAUUCAACAUCCUAUGCUAAUGCCAGAUUUUCAAAUAUAAAUGAUACUGAGAGUUACUGUGUGUUUUUUUUUACAUAUAGAGGAUAAUGGAAUUUCCAAGGCACACUUCCUGCAAGCCUGCCCUGACUGUCUCGUCAUGCACUUCAGUAACACAAUCACCGUGGCAGGGGUGCCCAUCCGAAUGGUCCGAUCUUUCUAUAUCUUUGGUAGGUGUGUGUGUGUGCUUUUGAGUAGGUGGGUGUGUGGGUAAAGUGGGAGUGUGGAGAGGGGUGUUUGUGGGUGUCUAUCUUUGUCAGAAUUGACCCGAUUGCCGUGUUUAAAAAGCCAUUUUAUUUUCCCUUUUCCAGGAAAGACUGGCAAACUUCACGAAUCAGAGCUGGAGCCAAUCAGAAAACAAGCCGAGUGCCUCAAGUUCCCUCAGCCUGCACAGUUCAUCUAUGAUGGCGUUACAGGUACAUUGUCUACUGAUGAAAUAACAUUGUAACAUUGACAUUGUGAUCCAAUUCUAAAUCUUUCUUUCCUUAAAUUUCUUUGCAGAGUUUUGCCCAGAGACAAAGAAGAAUGAGACCAAAUAA